AAAAGAAAGAAAGAAAGAAAGAAAGAAAAAGUGAAUAAAAAAUUUUGCCAUGUCUCGUAAAUUUUUAUUUGAAAUCUUUCUUAUUGUCUUCGUUAUCAAUCAGUCUGAAUCAUUAAUUCAUGGGGAUGUAGUCGCCCCAACGAUACAUCCAAUUUCACUGAAUUCGUCAGUGCCGGAGGUAUACAAAAAAUUACCACUUGUGGGAAAGUGUUGUCCAUUGGGUGAAAUUUUGACUUUAAACGAUAAUCACAAAGCUUCCUGUUCAGCAAUCAAUUCAACAGGAUUUCUAUCAAAGAACAAUGUAUUUUCACCACUUUUUAGUGAAUUUAAUGCAACUGGCUUCGAAGCACCAGGCGAUCGACAAACAAUAUUUGCAGCCUACAUAGGUGAUCCUUGCUACUAUAACAGAUAUAUGUUAGAGCCAAAAGAAUCAUUGGAAGACGAACAUUAUUUAUUGCGAAAUGGUUCAAUUUUUGCCCCCUAUGAAAAGCCAGCACUAUUAUCACCUGGUGUUAAUUAUUGUAUGGAUAUACUGGAGAAUGUGGGACUCAAGACAAUUGUUUGUUCGAAAAAAGAUGAACUUGAGGACACACCUGAUUAUCGACUAAUAAUUUACGCUUGUGGAUUAUUAAUAUCAGUGCCAUUUUUGUUUCUGACAAUUGUCGCUUAUUGUAUUACGCCAAUAUUGAAAGACGCACAUGGAAAGGCACUUUGUAAUUACUGCGGUUGUCUAAUUGUUGCCUUUUCAACUCUGGCGCUUGCUCAACUUGCCAGUGAGCACAUCAGCAAUGAAGUCUGCGUUUCAAUAGCAUUCAUCAUACAAUUUUCGUUUGUGGCCUGCUUCUUUUGGCUGAAUGUCAUGUGUAUCGAGACGUGGCUAUUGAUUCAUCGACGAGUACAUCGUGAUCAAUGCUACUGGGAACCUAAGAAGCUCUUUUUUUACUAUUCUAUUUGGGGCUGGGUUCCACCGGCAACACUCAUUCUAAUUUCAAUGAUAAUGGAUCUUAAUCCAACAGUUCCCAGUACAUACGUUAAACCCAAUUUUGGAUCUCAAAGCUGUUGGUUCAAAUCGGAUAAAGAAGCAAUGCCCUACUUCUACAUUCCAGUUGGUGUUCUCAUUGUAAUGAACCUAAUAUUUUUUGCCUUAACUGCCAGGGACGUUAAUAGUUAUCAACGUGAAUUGGAUUUACGUCUUCUUGCCCGUAAUCAAGAAUCAGAUCGCCGCGAACAAAAAAUGAUAAGACGAACAAAGAAAACACUAUUCGUAUCAAUUGGACUAUUCUUCAUAAUGGGAAUGAAUUGGGCGAUGGAAAUGAUAUCGUGGUGGUCGGGUGGUGAUCCACUGGCGUGGUCCGCAUUCGAUAUGGUUAAUGCACUUCAGGGUAUCAUUAUAUUUGGUCUAUUUGUUCUUCGAAGGCCAAUUCAGGAUAUUGUCUGGUAUCGAAUUCAAUAUCUUCGUGGUGUGCCUGUCGAUGAGCCGGAAAUUCUCAAUAUUGACCUGCGAAUGCUGCCAUUGAGUGACAUUGAUGAGACUGAUAAUAAUCAAACUGCUGAGCAAUGUUGAAUUAUUUUUUUUAGUUUUUAUUUUAGUUCUAAAAAACUUUGAAUAAAUAAUAAACUGAAACGACGCAACGCUGGACGGGAGAAAGAAAAGGAGAGAUAGUUUUAUAUAACUACUAGAGGGGCAAACUUAAGUUGACUAUUUAAUUCCGCUCUUUCGCCACUAGGAGCGCUGCCGGCCUCUUUCGUAGACAACGCGCCAAAAAUAG